AGUAGUUGUGCUAACCAACCCAGCAGAAUGAACAUUGCGCAGUCCUUGUUUGCCCGUGUGCUCAGUGGUGAAGAAAGAAAUUGAACCGAGUUUCCUGGCCGUCCUCCUCGUAUUUUAACCAAAAAAGCGGUGAAGAUCAUGAUGAAAUUGAUUUUCUCAAUGAUUUUAUUUGAAAAGGAUGUCAUCUUGUUUCAUGAACCGUUACUAUUUCGUCCCCGAACCGGACUUUGAGUCCCCUUGAAACUGCAAUGUUUUGGAAAGCGUUUCGGGGAGUGACGUUGGCGGGCUGGAUGCUUGUUGUUUGCGACCGGGGGAAUGACGAGCGAGAGGACGAAGGAGCAACAUGUUCAUUGCCCCAUCUAGCACCGAAUCGCUGAUCUUUAAUGGUAUACCGUAUGACCAACUACCCAUCGUCAACAUCAAGGCAACCUACAACAACACACAUGUUUCAGUUGCUGAACAUACAGGGAGAACUGUAGCUCGCACGUCAUGUGGAACAGAAGGCUUCAAGAAUGCCAAGAAAGGGACUGCCAUUGCCGCUCAGACAGCCGCUAUUGCAGCUGCUACAAAAGCUGUGGAUAAAGGAAUGAACGCUGUUCGAGUCGUCAUCAAAGGAAUUGGACCAGGGCGCCAGACCUCUAUCAAAGGAUUACAGAUGGGUGGACUCGACAUCGUCUCCAUUACUGACAAUACGCCUGUCCCGCACAAUGGCUGUCGACCACGCAAGGCAAGAAGAUUAUGAUUUGGGAGUGGACCGAAACUCUUCAUGACCUACAGGUUUUAUUGUCUACUGGGGGCCUUUAACAAUAAUGAGCCCCAGAGCACCGCACCAAUCGCUUUGUGACGAGUGAUCGACGCUGGGCAUGAUGCGAGAAACAGAUGCCUUGCAGAUGGGGCGCAUCAGACUGGUGCUCUGUUCUUGCGUUCCUGCCUCAUUAAGAUUACCAUGCAUGCUACUGUGGGGGUUAUGAUGAAGAGUGGUAGAGACUGGUGUCUCAUCGUGUUGAAUCAUUUGUAAGCAAGGUCUUCUGAAUCCUGUGAUAUCUUCCAUGAUUUUCUUAUUCUUUUUUUUAUCACUGCAUUGAGAUGAAGAAACAAAAUUGCCUAGACCUCAAAAUGUCAGUGUCUUGAGAGAUUCAAUACCUCAGACACUAUCAGUUUGAAACCAAAAAGGGCCGGCCAUUUUUAGAACCUCAGACUGUCAUAGCAAAUAUGAAUAGCUUAAUCUUUGGUUUUAUAGCCAUGUCCCUAUGCUUUUGUGAGGUAGGGCCUUGAAAGAAAAAUACAACCAAAUAAUAGUUUUUACAUUGGAUAUAAAAAUAUAUAAUAUAUGUAUUAUUCUAUCAGCAUGAAUUACUAAAAAGUAUACAGAAAAUAUUGUAAUGUUUGUAUUAAAAAGUAUCAAAAAGAGCGAAAUUUGCCAGAAAUUUUCUUAAUAUCAACAUGGAAUUACUCUCCUAUUUUCAACACAGAUCAGAGCAGGCCUUGCUUGACACAGUCUGAAAAAUUGCCCCUUGUAUAUAGUAAUAACAAUUGAUGUACAUCAGAGAAUAUUAAAUCAAAUAUUGUA